CUUUGGUGGCUGAAAUGAUUGAAAAUGCAGAAUGUGUAUAAACAUAGAUAUUGAUGAAGAUGGAAGGGAGAAGCUUGGUUUGGCUGGGACAGUCCUUGGUGGAUUACUGGCAUUGUUUGGUUGCAUUCUUAUGAUUUUAGCUGGAUUUAUCAAAAUAAAUAUUGAUGAAAAGUUAGUGUUGAUGCGAGGAUAUGAUCCUGAUGUGCUACCGUCGUUCUUACUAACUGUCGGAAUAAUCAUGUUCGUGACAAAUCUGAUCAUGGCUAAAGUUUGUUAUGAUUGUGGUUAUCCAGAAACGAGAGGGCGAUUCCAAAAUUUACUCAUUUUAUUUCUGCUGUAUCUUUUUGUGAUUAUAUGGUUUAUUUUUGCUGCUUCGAUGAUGUGUUUUUCACAUAGCAGUGAAAUCAAAGAUUCCUUGAAAGAAGGAAUAUCAAAAAUGAUGGGAGUGUAUCAUAAAGAACCGAAGAGUAAAUUAUUAAUUGACAGAUUACAACUGGACUAUCAUUGUUGUGGUAGUGAGAGUUACAAGGAAUGGUUAACAACAGCUUGGAUGAACAUGGAAUAUAUCAAUAUCAAUCGUCCAGAAGUAAAAAAAAAAUUAAAGGGUGGAGAACUUAUAACCGACAGCGCACCUUUCAGUUGUUGUGACUAUUUAUCACCAAGACCCUGCAUUCAUCACGAUUUAAACGACAAAAAUCUGCAUAUUCUUUUUGCUGACACUUUGUCAAAGAGAGGAUGUACACAUAUACUGAUGAACUACUUUGAUAAUGUUGUCCUCCAGCCCUCUGGAUACUCAAUUCUGGUAGCCUUCUUCGUGCAGAUUGUUUUGAUGGUUUUAUUGAGAUUGAUUCAGACAUCUAUCCUUAAUGCUUGUGAAAUGGAGGACCCAGUGGGUAUAGGCAUUGCUUACAUUGUACCAGAAUGUCCAUGUGCAAUGUGUAAAACAGGAGAUCCAAUGAAAUAUGUCAAGCACGUUAAAAGUAUGUUAUUUAUUAAGACAGAAAAAAAAACAUUGGUCAAAUUUAUUAGUAAUGCUGGAAUUUUAUUUAUUUUUAAAGAGAAAGUAAAAAAGAAAAUUAAAGGUAAAGAGGACAAUGAUAAAACAGAAGAGGAUAUUGAUAGUGGAGAUGAUGAUGGCGGAGGAGGCGGUGGUGGUGGAGUCAAGAAAACGAAAGUCAAUAAGAAGGAAAACAAAGAAAAGAAGAAAAACAAAGAUAAGGAAGAAGACGAUGAUAAGUCAGAAGAGGAUAAUGAUAGUGGAGAUGAUGAUAGCGGAGGAGGCGGUGGUGGUGGAGUCAAGAAAACGAAAGUCAAGAAGAAGGAAAAAAAAGAAAAGAAGGAAAAGAAAGAUAAGGAAGAAGACGAUAAUAAGUCAGAAGAGGAUAAUGGCGGAGGAGGCGGUGGUGGUGGAGUCAAGAAAACGAAAGUCAAUAAGAAGGAAAACAAAGAAAAGAAGGAAAAGAAAGAUAAGGAUGAAAACAAUGAUAAUUCAGAAGAGGAUAAUGAUAGUGGAGAUAAUGAUGGCGGAGGAGGCGGUGAUGGUGAAGUCAAGAAACCGAAAGUCAAGAAGAAGGAAAAAAAAGAAAAGAAGGAAAAGAAAGAUAAGGAAGAAGACGAUAAUAAGUCAGAAGAGGAUAAUGGCGGAGGAGGCGGUGGUGGUGGAGUCGAGAAAAAGAAAGUCCAAAAGAAGGAAAAAAUAAAUAAGCAAGAAGAAGAUAAUGAUAGUGGAGGAGGCGAUGGUGGCGGUGAUAAGAAAAAUAAAAAUAAAAAGAAGGAAAAGAAAGAUAAGCAAAAAGAUGAUGAUGAUAGAGGGGAUGAUGGUGACGGUGGUGGUGGAGACAAGAAAAAGGAAGACAAACAGAAGGAAAAAAACGAGAAGACAAAGAAAGUUAAGGGAAAAAAAGAAAAGGAGGAAAAGAGAGAUAAGGAAGAGAAGGAAAAGAAAGACAAAGGAAAGAAAGACAAAGAAAAGAAAGACAAGGAAAAGAAAGACAAAGAAAAGAAAGACAAAGAAAAGAAAGAGAAGGAAAAGAAAGACAAAGAAAAGAAAGAGAAGGAAAAGAAAGAGAAGGAAAAGAAAGACAAAGAAAAGAAAGACAAAGAAAAGAAAGAGAAGGAAAAGAAAGACAAAGAAAAGAAAGACAAAGAAAAGGCAGAAAAAAAGCCGGCAAAAUCUCCGAAAAAGGCGGCUACCCCCAGAAAGUCUUCCCCUAGAAAGGCUUCCCCUGAAAAGGCUUCCCCUAGAAAGGCUUCCCCUGAAAAGGCUUCCCCUAAAAAGGCUUCCCCUAAAAAGGCUUCCCCUAAAAAAGCUUCUUCCAAAAAGGCUUCUUCCAAAAAGGCUCCUCCCAAAAAGGACAAAUCUCCAAAAAGCAAGAAAAAGUCUCUGAAAAGCACGAAAAAAUCCCCCAGAAGCAUGAAAAAGAAAGGCGGCGGUAGUGGUGACGACAGUGAUGGCGGUGGCGGUGGUGGCGACGAUGAUGGCGGGAAAAAGAAAAAUAAAAAAGACAAAGAAAAAGAGAAAAAAGACAAGAAAGAUAAGAAGAAAGAAAAGAAAGAUAAGAAGAAAGAAAAGAAAGGAAAAAAAAAAGAAAAGAAAAAAGAAAAGAAAGAAAAGAAAAAAGAAAAGAAAAAAGGAAAGAAAGAACAGAGGAAACAAAAGAAGAAACAAAAAAAAGAAAAGAGGAAACAAAAGAAACAGAAAAAGAAAGCAAAAAAAGCAGAGAAAAAGAAAGCAAAAUCUUCAAAAAAGAAGUCUCCUAAAAGUAAGAAAAAGAGGCCAAAAGCCAAGAAAAAGAGGCCAAAAGCCAAGAAAAAGAGGCCAAAAGCCAAGAGAAAGAGGCCAAAAGCAAAGAGGCCAAAAGCAAAGAGGCCAAAAGCAAAGAGGCCAAAAGCAAAGAGGAAGUCACCAAAAAGGGGGAAAAUGAAGAGGAGGAGGUAGACUUCGAUUGCAGAAAAAAAUGAUUAUUUCAUUUACAUCAAUA